AUGCCUUUGGUCAAUAGCAAAGAAGAUGUCAUCACCAUCAAGCAUCGUGGUGGAGCCUCGGUGGACUUCAUGGCUGAUUGCCUCACAGGAGUAACAGAUCAUCCCAUGCUCCGCAGUGUGGUGGGGAAGAAUUUUGUUGUGGAUGCAGAUGCGGUGUUGCAGGUAACUGUUCUAGACUGUGUAUUUGAGAAACGCACUUUCAACAAAGCCACCGGUCCCGUUGCUGUCGCCAAAUUUGUGCUCGCUGAUGGUAGUUCGGCUGUGUGGAAAGGCGUGACAAGCAGUAAUCUGUCUGAAUUGGUGGAAUAUGAGAUGUCCAAGGAAGCCAAAGAAUCUGUGCCCGAUGUCAUCGAAGACGCAAAGACCAAAGGGGACUUGGUGUUUACGGUUCCUUGCUGUCUCUAUGAUCCAAAGACUAACAAGGGAAUGGUGUUCAACGAAAGGGCCACUGUCGCUCAGCUAAAGCAAGCUCAUCCAUGUCACGUAACCUGGAACAAAGCGGACUUCAAGAAAGUUUUUGCAGAGAUUCCAGAAGACUUUGACGAGGAUGCUACCGUUCCAAUGCCUUGUGAAUGCGAGACUCGCUUUGGCCUAUCCACUUGUGCCAUCUCUUCCUUUCCAUUGUGCUUCAUGGAUUUUGAUCAGGUGUUUAACUCAUUGAAGGGAAAGGUUUCGGAAGAUGCACUUGAGGCCGAAGACUUCUUUGACCUGUCUCCUCCAAAGAAACGUUGGUGUGCCUACACUUAUUUUUCUCUGAACGUCUUUCAUCUUCGAAACCGUACCCGUCUCCCUGAUUGUGUGGUCUAUGCAAUCAGGUUGAAAUUCAGAGAUGAGAAGGACACCGAGUCGAUUGGCACCAAGAGGAAGACACCACCCAAAGAUUACACAUCGGAGAAGGUUGCGGCAAGGAAGGUCAACAUGGAAUUAGAGGAAAAGAAGGAACGAGACGAGCUACCCUUGGUUGUCGAUUUUGAGAAAGAACAGCGUGCCGUCAAGGAAGCUUUCGAGAAAGAAGGAAAGCUUGUUGCCUUUAAGGCUUUCACUGAGGAGGUAAAGAGUGCAUCCAAGAGCGAUGGAGACUAUUGGGACCAUGCCAUUCGCAUUGCUUUGGAGUGGAAGAAUCGAACUAAACGCAUUGAGGACGGUGAUGUGUACACUAUCUAA